AUGGCAGAUGUCUCUAUUCAUCCGUCAACAUGGCCGCUCUACGUCUGGCUAUCGCUCCUGAUUGCCCUGCCAGCCGUCACUCUCCUCUAUGACAUUGUGACCUGGCUCCGAAUGCCACCCGGCCCUACGCCUUUACCCUUCAUCGGCAACAAGCUGCAGCUCCCUCAGUCGAAGCCAUGGGUGCAGUUCCAAGAAUGGUCGAAGAAGUACGGCCCAAUCUACACCAUCUGGAUAGGCCGCCGCCCCACUGUCAUCAUCUCCGACCCGGUCAUUGCUACCGAGCUCAUGGAAUCGCGGAGCAGCAAGUACUCCAGCCGUCCACGGAUGGUAGCAAUGGGCGAGCUGCUCUGGGACGGCGCAAGCGUUCUCGUGAAGCCCUAUGGAAAGGAGUGGAGCGUCCGCCGGAGACUUCUUCAUCUCGCCCUCACGCCCAAGGCGUUGCGGCUGUAUAAACCGGUCCAGGAGGCCGAGGCAUCCCGGCUUGCAUACGGGCUCUUGAGCCGCCCGAAUGACUAUGUCAAGCUCAUCGAGACUUUCACGUCGAGCGUGGUAUUCUGCGUGGCGUACGGGCAUCGAAUUGAUUCGCUUCACGCCAAGGUCAUUGGUCAGAGGUUCGAGUUCAUGCAUUACUCUGCAUCGCUGAAUGUCCCUGGCAAGUAUUUGGUCGAGACGAUCCCAGCUUUGAAGUAUGUCCCUGACAUAUUGGCACCAUGGAAGAGGGAUAUCAAGGAGCACGGGCGAAGAGAGGCUGCUGCGAAUAUGGAUUUGGUCAAUGUCGUUAAGGGAGACAUUGCUAAGGCUGAGAAAGAGUCUUCACAAGAAAAGCUGCCAGAUUCGCUAUGCAAGAUGCUACUGGAGAUGCGACAGACGGAGAACAUCCCACUCUCAGAUCGCGACUUCUCCUUCGUCCCGGCCUCCCUGUUCGGCGCUGGGUCAGAUACCACAGCAUCAUCCAUGUGUACCGCCUUUUUGGCCCUGAUUACUCACCCGGAAACUCUUGAGGCAGCGCACGCCGAGCUAGACGCUGUCAUCGGCCAAGACCGCACACCGACGUUCGAGGAUGAGGCGAACCUCCCUUAUAUCAGAGCACUGGUCAAGGAAGUCCUGCGGUGGAGGCCGGUCGCCGUCCUAGGCGGCACGCCUCAUGCUUCGACAGAAGAUGACCACUAUGAAGGCUACUACAUUCCAGCAGGCACGACUGUGUUGGGUAAUUCAUGGGCAAUCAAUUUGAACGAGGAGUAUUAUCCUAAUCCGCAUCACUUUAACCCAUUGCGUUUCCUAGACGGGAACAUCAAUGCCAGACUUAAGCAAACUGCCACGACCACUAUCCAAAUUAGCGAGAAGCACGACCUUGAGCUUGGAGGAAAGGCCCAUCCCUCAAAGAGCGGGCACUCAUCUUUCGGCUGGGGGCGACGCAUUUGCCCCGGCGCAAAUUUGGCCACGAACUCACUGUACAUCGCAUUGGCUAAGCUGCUUUGGGCGUACGAUAUCAAGCCUAUUCCAGGUCGCUUGUAUGACACGUUCAAGUAUACGGAAGGGUUCAACAUCAGGCCUCAGCCGUUCGAAUGUGUUAUCCGCGUCAGGAGUGAGAAGCACAAGAUGGUUUUGGAGGGGGAAACGGAGCAGGCCAAGGCGUUCUUGGAGAGAUUCACGCCAUUUAGCGAAUAA